AUGGCGGAUUCAGAUCCUCCCUUCACAAGGGCCAACAGCAUAUACAGAAACAAUGAUAGUAAUAACUACACGUUCUUUCUGGGUAAGUUGCUGUUUUUUGCUUUCUUACUCAUUGCAAUCCCAUUGUUCCCUUCCCAACCUCCAGAUUUCAUAAACCAAACAGUACUCAACAAGUUUUGGGAACUUCUUCAUCUUAUGUUCAUUGGCAUUGCUGUUUCUUAUGGCUUGUUCGGUCGUAGAUAUAUUGAUAAUGGUAAUCUUGAUGAUUCUCACUCGCAUGCUUCUGGAAUGUUCCAUGUUUCGUCUAUAUUUGAAGAUGGUUUUGAUCAUUCCAUGUACUGUAGUGGACAGGGUAAAGCUGGAUGUUUUAAUGUUAAAAAUGGUAGCUUUGACAACCCUUACGAGGAAAAUGUUGUUCAAGCUUGGAGUUCAAAGUAUGUCCAAGGGGAACCCACGGUUGUGCUGGCUCAACCACAUUGUGGUGUCGAAAAGUAUGGUGAAUUGAUUUCGUUUAGAGAUGAUAAACCUUUGGGGUUGCCUGUUAGGAGUUUAAAAUCCAGGGUUAUGAGUCCUGAAUUUGGCAAUGGAUCGAGUGAUUCUUCGGGUCCGAGUGCGAUGGAUUCAUCGGAUAGUUCCGAUAAGAGUGAAAAUGGGAGCUUUACUGAUUUGACUCGCGAAAAUUUGGAGGGGCAGUUGAACAAGAGUGGUGCUUUGGGUUCUCCGGUACCUUGGCGUUGGAGAUCAGGAAGGAUGAGACAAAGAUUUGACGGUGGUGGUGUCACACGCCCUUCUCAUUUCAGGCCUCUCUCAGUUGAUGAAUCUCAAUUUCAAUCACUCAAAUCACAGUCUUUACACUCCGCUUCCCAAUCACAUUCACCGAGUAGCUUGUCUCCCUCGCAUCCCAGUUCUUCAGAACCACCAAAAUCCAAAAUGAUUGAAUCACUGAAGGAAAGGAAUCCCAGCCAGUCUUUUCCUCUGCCUUCACCAUCAAAACGACGGAAGCCACUAAUUGCAUCGCAUUCUCGGCAGUAUAGUGAUGGCUCCUUAUUGGGAACCCGCUCAAGGAAAUGCUUUGAGGAUGAAUGGGAGGAAUUCCGUGACAGCAAAAAGGAUGAUGAUUCAUCAACCAACCAAGAAAGGGUCUCAAGUUAUCCCUUGAAAUUUGAUGCAAAGCCUAUAGCUUCCUCCAAGGCUUCCUCAAGAGGGAAGUCUGUUCGAACUUUUAGAGGUAGUGGCAUUACCAUAAUUGGGUCUGGGGAUGCCGGAGAGAAGCAGGGAAAUCAUACAAAGGGAUGUGAUGAAAUUGAAGAGGUUGAGGGUUACAAAGGUGGAAGUGGCCCAAAAUUAGGACAUUGUAAUCCCUCGGUUGUGUUCAACAGUCGGAAUCUUGGAGGUAAUGCUUACAUGCCAAACCCAACAUAUUCCAGAAACUGGAACCAAGAUUUUGCGGAGAAUUCCGAGUCGGAGAGAGAGGAUGAAGAUUUUCGAGAAAGGUCAGAUGAAGUAACCGUGUCUGGAACUACGAGUGUAGCAGGAAGUGAUACUUAUGAGGUUGAUAGGAAGGCUGGUGAGUUUAUAGCCAAGUUCAGAGAGCAGAUUAGGCUUCAAAGAACAACAUCAGUUGAUACACUAAAAGGGUUCAACGUGAAUUUUUUAGAGUGA